GUCGCUGCUGAAUACUCUUCGCCAUUUGCAUAGCGGAGGUUAUCGCACAACAAAAUCGUAACAAACAUUUUAUUUACAUAAAAAUCAGUACAUUAUACAGUCCUUAGCAAGUAAUUACCAUGGAGAAUGGCUGAUAUAGAAGUAGAUGUAUGCUUUGUUUGUUUUGAUUCCUGUUUUGUUUUUUGAGAUUCCUUUAUAGUGUUUAGUGUGUGCGAUCCCGAUGCUUCAUUUGUCCCCGUAUAGAACUGUUGUCACCAUCAUUGUGCCAUGGUCGAGUCGAUUUCACCCUCAUGCCCUCCGAUCCACAGAUGGAACAGAGGCCACGCAAAAAGCGCGAAUACCAAUGCCCCGACUGUGAUAAAAUCUUGACUACGUCUGAAGGUUUAAACAUACACAGGAGACUGCAUACAGGUGAGAAGCCAUAUGUUUGUGAGAUCUGUAAGCACGCAUUCAGCAGGAAGUGGAACUAUACAUGCCAUUUGAAAGGCUGCCAGAAGAGACACCUCUCACCAAAUGCUAACUUUCCAGAGCUCAAAAAUCAAGCAAUAAAAGCACGAUUCAGUAAGCCUAAAGAAGGGGAGACUGAAGAUUUGGAAGAUAUUGAUUUGGGCAGUGUGUUUGGACAAGGGGACAGUGACAAUAUUGAUACUUUAAAGAACCAGGUUGAACCUGCUAUUGAGUUUUGUAACAGAAACACUGCAGAAACCUAUGGCAGAAAACAUUUAGUGCAGAAAGAUUCUGUCAAUUUACUUGAAGAAAAGACUGAAUGCCCAGUGAACAAUGUGACACAAACUGAGACACCAGUGACCAGUGACUUUGAAUGGUCCACUUGUGAACAAAAAACAGUUAGUACGGAUAGUUCUGAAAUUUCGUCUCCUGUUGUCAAAACGUCUACAGCUCUGACUAGUGAAUCUCAGGGAUUAUCAUUCACUGCAUCUCAGAGUUUGGAUGUACAUAGUUUACUUGCACAGGGAACAAAUGCUAUACCUCGCAUUAAAGAACCAUUGCACGAGAACACUGUUAAACAUUCAUCUAUUCUCAGUGAGGCUUUAAACAGAACGCCGAUUUCAAGAAAUUGCAUCACAUCCAGUGCUCAAUUAAAUCAAACUUACAAACAUUUUCCCAAUUCCAAGGUUUGCGCUUUGUCUCAGUUAAUUCCAAACAGUGCAGGAAAUGUCCUAGAUUUUGCAAAACAUUUAAAAAUAUUCAAUAAAGAUCCACCACCAUAUCCUGGCUUGCCAAACAGGAAAGUUACAACAACAACAACAACAACAACAAAAUCAGCAAUUCCUGGUCCAAUUUCACAUAUUAUAGUUGUUAAUGGUGGAAAGACAUUGUAUUCAUAUCAGCUGCAGGUGAAGCAGGAAGCCACAGUGACUGUACAAGGUGACACCGUUAGUGACACAAUAAAUAAAGAUAAGAUAGUUGACGAAACAACUCCUUGCCUUACACCAGUAGUAGAUAGUGGCAGUUAUGAUGAAAUAGAUGGUGAUAUUCCAACUGUUAAAGCUGAACCAGAUGACAACCCAAAUGACCAUAUCAGUGAUUCUAGUGAUUCCAAUGUUGUUAAAAUAGAAAAUGUAUUAGUUAAUGAGAAAAGAAGGCAGAUUGUUAAAGAAAAAGAUACUGCUUUUCAAUUAGGGUUUGGAACCGAUAAAUCCGAAACAAGUGUUGCAAGAAGUGCAAAAGAGGUAGCUCAAGAUUUUUUCAACUUCAAAACUGACUUUAACAGAAAUGUUUCCAGUUUAAAUCCUCAGAUUUAUAGCAGUCAUUUCUUAAUUGGAAGAGACAAAAUAGAAGCAGAUUGCAAAGUUGAAUCUGAUGACACUGGUUUAUUUGGAUAUAAUACUGCUGAUGACUUUGAAAGUGACAGAGGAGCAAAAAAUAGUGUUGAUGGUGUAGCAUAUCAGACUGUUGGUACACAGUCAUGUAUGACAUUAAGGAACCGAGAGAAUAAAUCAUUCAAAAGAUUGCAUGAACUGAGAAAGGAGAUUUUAAAUGGUGCAUAUGUAAAGGAUGUUUAUGAUGCUGAAGAAAUAGUUGACCCAGAACCAGUUUGUAAACUUCGUAAAUCAGAAAACAAGGAUGUGAUUCAUAUAAAGGAGCUAGUUGAAGAAAGGAGAAGGAAAAAAGAAGGGAAAAAAAUAGAAAGUUGUGAUUCCCAAGUUUCUGAAUAUCAUAAAAGAAGAAGGCCAGAUAAAGAAAAAACUGCAGUCUAUAGGCAGAGAAAAAUUGUUCAGAAAUCAUAUACUAAUUCAGGAUUUGAGUGUAAAGUAUGCGGAAAGUUACUAACAACUCCAUAUGGAUUACAGAACCAUUUGAUGGUACAUGAGGGGCAAAAGCCUUUUGUAUGUAAAGUUUGUAAUCACGCAUUUACAAAACAGUGGAAUUUAAAAACUCAUUUACAAAAUAGGCAUAAAAUCGAUCCUACAAAAAAGGAUCUAGAGCCUAAGGGUCCAGUUAACUUGUCAACAAAAGGUGCUGGUAUAAGACGUGUUUGCAGAGAAGAUAUUUCUGUCAGUUCAAAAAGUGAAAUUGGUGAUAAAAACACUGCAAAGGCUUAUAAGACAUCAAUUGAUUUAAAAGUUGAAAGUAGUGAAAGUGAUUUUGGUGGUUCAAAGACUUCAGUGAAAUCUGAUUUUAGUGAAGAAAAUUUACCUAGAAAUGUAAAGGAAUUUGAAAAGAAUGACAGAGAGGAAACAGAGAGUAUAAGUACAUUUGAUAAUGCUGACUUAAUUGAUGAAUAUUUGAAUGUGAAUGACAUUGAAAAUAGUUCCUUUGAAGGGUCUGAGGGAAACAUAUUUGACUUGGAUGAAGCAGAUUUCUUAGAAAUCAAACAAUUAGAAACAGAUGUAGAUUUAGAGACUAUGGUAAAUAAAGAAACCGUGAUAGGACCUAAUGACACUUGUGAAAAUGUUAAUGAUAAUUUAAUUGGCAUUGAAAAAAACAUGGCAAACGAAAAUGUGAUAACAAUGGAAAAAAGUGAUCUCAAGAGAGAAAAUGUUCCUAAUGGGGCAUUAGAGGAGUCCAAAGUAAAAAACUUGGAUUCAAAAUGUGAGAAUGGUGAAUUAGGAGCUAAUCAGGGUACAGAGCUAGGUAAUGUCUCUAAUAUGACACUUGAAAGUGGGAAGAAACCUGAACAGGGUUUUGGUGACAUAAGUGAAAGAACUAGUCAGGGAAUGGAACAAGAUCUGAAAACAGACCUGAAUAUAAAUAAACCUGCUGAAAGUAUGGAGUUGAAUUCAGGGACAAAUGAAAAUACGAAUGAAAACACAAAUUUACCUAGAUCUGUAUUAUCAAAUGCAGGUGUUGAAGGAACAAAUGAAAGUAGUGUGAUCUCUCAGAAAGAGAAUAAUGAAUGUACAACUAGUGUUUUGCCAAAUAAGUGUGCAGAAACUGAAACAACAAAUGUAUCUCUGGAAGAGAGACAAGACAAUAGAGAAGUUUUGGUAAAAAUGGACACUUACACUGAUUCUGCUUCAUUAAAUACAGGGCCUUUGUCUUCCACAGAAAGAAACUCUGAUCUCAACUCUUCUAAUUCCAGUCAGGUAGAGCAUGGGGAACAGAAUAAUGGAACUGUUCCUUUAAACAAAAGUCUUCCUCCUCCAUAUUCGGAACAAGUUCACCCUGCAGUACAGCCUCCUGGAGAUCCUUACAGUCUUCCAGUUAAUCCGCAGUAUCCAGGACAGCUUGAACAUUACGCUCCAUCUCACUACCCAGGGCAGCCAGGUGUUCCGUUUGAUCCAACUAUGUACAGUGCGCAUUUAGCAAAUUUAGCCCACUAUCAGAAUAGGACUAGGGAAGAGAUGGAAGGCCAGUAUCUGCAAACUGCAGAGAGUGGUCAAGAGCCUGCCAAGGACAAACAGAUGUUUGAAUGUCAAACUUGUGGGAAGAAGUUAACUUCUACUGGUGCAUUACAGACUCAUAUGCGUGUUCAUACUGGAGAGAAGCCUUACCGGUGUGAAAUCUGUAAUCGGGCUUUCUCGUUCAAAAGUAACUGCACAAGGCAUAUGUUGACCCAUUCUCAAGGGAGACAAAAGAAAAGCCCACCAAAAAAUGGCACCAAACUCACAGAAGGUCAACCUAAUGAAAAUGAACCAAUGGUAGCACUGCCGGGUUUUGGAGAGAUUAGAAACACAGUGGAGGAAUAUCCAGAGCCUGAUAAUCAGACAAGUGCUAUGUCUCAGUCACAAGCUGUGCUACCAUCUAUGCAGACAUUGGUAUCAAACCAAGCAUCGCACUUUCCAGGUAUGCAGGCUAGCCCACUUCCAAACUACAGUCAUACCUCCACACCAGACUCUGCUCAUGAGAGACCAAGUGAGAUGACAUCACAACCCGAAGAUCUGUCAUUAAAGGGUUAUGGAAUUCCGAGUGGGGAAUACACGCAGCAUCGUCAGCACCCAUUUUAUCAGAACCACCCUGGCUUCUAUGAUCAGUAUGGACAUGGUAUGAAUCCCUAUCCGCCUGGAGCCUACCCACCUCCAAUGAGUCCUAUGCAACAGUCACAGUACGGAAGUGAGUAUCCUCAGCAUAUGAGUGCACACCCAGGCUAUAGGCCUGAGCAUCAGCCUUCGAUGCAUCCAGACACUGGAUCUACUGAGACCAGUCCGCAGCAGGUACUCCAAGCCCCAAAAAUGCCUACAAUGGAAGUGACUUCGGAUACUCCAUUAAAACAAAAAAAUAGGUCAAAGGAGUACCAAGGCGAGCGGAAACAUCCUUCUAAAUAUUGCGACAUAUGCAAGAAAUCAUUCUCAGCAAGUUACUACACAAAUCAUAUGAAAAUGCACUCUGGAACAAGUCCACACAUCUGCACUUUAUGUAAUCAAGUUUUCUCGCAAAAGUUCAGUCUGACAAGACACAUAGAAAAUAUCCAUCACAAAACCAAACAAGAUGUUGUUCCAUCAAAAGCGACAUCAGGGACGGAAGUUAACCAGCAGACGGAUAUGACAUAUUUCAAUCAGUCUGGAAGUUCUGAGCUCAGAGUGGAUCCAAACCCAGAAAAAAAUACAAGUGGAGACAGGCAGAUGUAUAUGCAUCAGCCAGAAACUUCUACGCCAGAAAAUACAGAGGAUAGUGCUGGUAAUUUAGGCAAAGAGAAUGUACCAUCAAUUGAAUUAUCAUCGAGUCAAGUACCAGGUCACAGCGCGAACUCUCGGCAGGCUGAUAGCAACCUCUCGCAACAAGGGCAGUAUAACUUGUCCGCACCAGGUCUGCAGAAUCCUCCAGAAGCAAGACAUCCUGAAAUGAAUCAGCUUACAAUGUCACAGUUUCCUCAUAAUGGUGCUGCCAACAGAGAGGGAUUUGCUGAAUCUCCGUAUCAGCAUGGGCCCCCGCAAUACCCGAACCAGAUACCGCAAUCUUCUCAGGCAGAGCCACAUCAGUGGCCUUCACCUUUACCAUCCAUACACCAUCUUCAGCAACCAGGUCAUGGUCAACAUUUACUUCCACCUGUAAACCAGCAUCAGCAAUUGCAGCAGCAGCAGCAGCAAUCUAUGUCUCUUCCAGUCUCAACACCAGUUUCUAUAUCAACCCAGUCAUCUGUGGAUGAAGGCGAAAUAGAUGAAAUAAACAAUAAACAGCAGUCUGGAGAAAAGGUGAAAGGCUCACAUGUUUGUACGGUUUGUAACAAGACGUACUCAUCCUCAGCGACCUUGAAAGCUCAUCAUCGUAUUCAUACGGGCGAGAAACCAUAUACCUGUGAUUUCUGUGAUAAGUCGUUCACAUUUAAAGGCAAUAUGAAACAACAUAUGCAGAAACAUCAUAAAGAUGCCAUACCAGCCUUGCCAGGAGUUCCAAGAUCUGAGGGUCAGCUUGAUUCUCCCUCUGUUGAGAAUAAUUUGAUUGGUAUAAAAACACCAACAAAAAAGUCCAGAAAGUCUCCAGCUCCCAUGACAGCCAGUCCUGGAUAUGGUUUUCGUAUUUCGGAUGCAGCUCCACAGUUUGAUAUUCCUUCUCAAGAAUACAAGGGUUACAGUAACUCGCCCUUGUAUAAACACCAGGUAAAAGUAGAGCCAGAAGCUUAUGCAAGUAUGCAACCAGCCAUGUACAAUUACCAGAGCCGGUCACCAAUGAAUAAUUUGGGAACCAAAACCCCGCCCCAGCUGUAUCCAACUCCGCCUCCACAAACAUACAGUGGAAGUCCGGUGAAAUCACUACCAUCUAUACAAAACUUCAACAGUUUCCAUCCUAGUCAAGCAGGGAUGUAUCCAAAUUACGGAGAUAAGCAACAAGGGUAUCCACAUGGCCUUGGUCCUAACCUAAUCCCAGGGCAGGCAAAUGAAAUAAAGCCAGAAGUUCCGGCAAGUUCAGGUUCGCAACCAGAACCAGAUGGGUUACCAGUGCAGAUUGCUAAUGCUGUACUAGGUAUGCAACAGGAAGGUUUAGGAGGUGCAGGGCUCAACCCUCCGGAAUAUUCUGCAGUAGCUCAUUCAGAUCUGAAGAGUUGGCCAGACCAUAACUUCCCAGCUGUACCUGCUAUUAAGACUGAAGAAUCUGAUAAUGCGGAUAUUGCACCAUCUAUAGGGGACCUUGAAAAAACGGUAAUGCCUUUGGUUGCAGAUGACUCGCAUCAAGAAAAUCAGACAAGAACAGUACGUCAAGAAGAGGGGCCAGGAAAUACACAGGCUGCUGCAAAUGAGGUGGCAAUUUCCCUACCAACUUCUUUAGAACAUGAUCAGCUGUAUAGCCAGUCGGAGACAAGCAUACAUCAAAAAGGUUCUGAAACUGGAAUGAGCCAAUCAAAUCCCAUAAUGCAUUUAGGUAACCAGUCAGAUUCUAUGUCUCACAGCUUUCAACCAGGUGUACCAAUGGAGUCGCCCGUUAUGCAAUCUCCAAGUUCAACAGGUACCCCAUUACAGUCACCACAUCCGAGUACACCAGGUACUCCUAUUAUCUCGCCGCAGAAUAAUCCAUUCGGAAACAACUUGAUUUCACCAAAGUCAAACGCACCAGGAAAUCCACUUUCCUCCCCUAAACCAAAAAGCAUCAUAUGUCCCGUGUGUAACAAGGAGUUAGCAUAUUCCAGCAGUCUGUCUACACAUAUGCGAGUUCACACUGGAGAAAAGCCGUUCUCUUGUCUACUCUGCAAUAAAACGUUCGCUCAGAGAAGUAAUUUAAACACGCACCUGAAGUCAUGCAGGAAGAAAAACGAGAGCAAGGAAGGCACACCGGAAUUAAUGGGGCCUGAAGGACAGUCAUCCAUGUCAGGAAAUAUAGGAGACGUACCUGAUACGUCAGGAAGUGAGAGUUUAUCAGCACCGAUGUCUAGAAAGCUAAGCACCAGUAGUGAUGUCAGUUCAACCAAUUAUGACAUGGCAGUGGAUUUGUCUCAGCAUCAUAGCACUCAACAUUACCAUGUCCCACCGCCCCCUCAAUCUAUGCAAGCUCUCAGAGAAUAUAAUGCUCACAUGAAUUACGAAAGUCAACAGGCUGGGUUGAAUAUGGGGUACGGUCAAUACUCGAAUGAAAUGUAUGCUCAUCAGCAAGGUAUGCUUCAUUCCCAGCAUAGUUAUCCAGGACAAAUGGAGCAGAACCAGUUCGGUGCAAACUCUUCGUUACCUUCAGUGUCUAGUUCCGGCCUGACUCAACCGUCCAGCAGCUCUGGAAACAUGUUACCGAAUUUUUCCAGUGUGUUUUCAAACCUGAACGAAACCAGCAGCCAUCAGAGUUUCCAGUAUCCGCAGCAUCAGCAACAGUUGCCUGGCUUUGAUUCAUUCAAAUCUUCAUACAAAGGCGAUGCUCUACCUCUGUCACAAGACUUUCCUACAGAUCUGACGGAAAAACCGGUCAAUAUGUCACUCCAUCAAGAUCUGACCCCUUCACCAAGUAAGGAAACAAAACCUGUAGCACCUCUACCGGAUUGGGGCAUCCAUUUAAAACAAGAACAAUGGAUGUCUGAUUCAAAACAAAAGCAAAUCAAAGUAGAGGGUAAAAGAAGGAGUUCAUCAAGGGCUAUGUCUGAAGAAGAAAAAACAGCAGCUCGCACAUGCAAAGAGUGUAAAAAAGUUUUAUCAUGCAUGGCUGGAUUACGACAUCAUAUGCGUAUUCACACUGGGGAGAAACCAUUCAGAUGUGGUUUAUGCAAUAAAAAAUUCUCCCAAAAAUGCAACACUCACACGCACAUUAAAUCCUGCAUCAAAACACAGAUGACAAAGGGAAAUCUUCCUGAUGAGCACAUAAACAAAAGUGAACAAGAACUUUGUGUUUUGUUUACUAUACGUGACCCAGACAUGAAAGUAGGGACAAGUUUUGAAGAUGGUGGUGAUUCGGAACUCGGCAUGGAUCAACUGGAAGAAGAUAGCAAUUCUAGAUUUGGGAACGAAUUGGGAGAAGGUAGUACGACAGUUGAUAUUAUAAGCAAAGGAAAUCAUGAAGAUGGUAAGAGUAACACAGAACUUGUUAAACAAGCACUGAUGGAUAUAAUUGACAAAGUCAAAUCGAAUGAAACUUUAAGUCCUCAAGAAAAUAGGUUGGAUAAUCGGUCACCUUAUCGCUCUGGUUUUCCUGAAAAUGAUGACUUUUACAAUGAGCAUAGUGAAAUAGAUGAAAGAGAUAGGUUAACACCAAAUUUUCUUGAUAAAGACAAAAUAAGGGGAGUAGAAAGUGGGUAUAAGAAAAGAAAAUGCUGUGAAUGCGGAGUUGAGAUUACAGGGUCUCCAAGCUCCCUUAAGCAUCAUAUGAGGACCCAUACAAAAGAAAAGCCUUUUGUUUGUGACUACUGUUGUAGACCUUUUUCUAUGAAGUUUAGUUUAAACCGGCAUAUAAACACUCAGCAUGGUGAAAAUAGACAUGAAAGAAAGAAAGUGGAAAAGCGGAAGUUAAGUACAGAUGAUCAGUUAAAUGAAAAUUCAGCAUCAAAUGAUGCUAAACAGUUUAAGGCAGACAGUUUUGCAGAAAACGUCAGUGAAAUUAGUGCUAUAAAUGAAACAAAAGACGCUGUAAAGGCAGAAACAUGUGUUGGAUCUUCGUACACUGAGCUUAAGGCAGAGAAUAUAGUUGAACCUCAAAAUUGCCCUGAAAGCUAUAUGGUAGAGAGUGAUCAAAAGGUAAACGACUUUGUUAAAAUGAACGAAGUGAAACAAGAAUUGACUGAAGUUGAAAGUGAAAAUGACAUUAAACCAGAAGCAGUGUUUGAAAAUGUGAGAGGUGAAAGGAGUGAAAUGAUAACUGAAGUGAAACAAGAGAACAAAAAAGUGAAAAAAUCAAAAUAUCCGAUAAUAGACGAAGCUGCAAUAGCAGCUAUGGAAAUAACAAAACGUGGUUUAAAGGUCUGUGAAAUAUGCAAUAAGGAAUUCGCCCGUCCAAUUCUGCUGUUAAAACAUAUGAGGACACACACAAAUGCAGAAAAACCUUUCAAAUGUGUCAUGUGUAACAAAACAUUCGGCUACAAGAGCAGCUUGAAAACACACUUCGAGAAACACAAAGCAGAAAUGUAUAAGUGUAAUAUUUGUGAAGAAUUGUACACAACAGAAACAGAACUUGCCGAGCACUCUGUCAGCCAUUCAUGGGAUGAUUGUCCGGAUUUAGAUGCAGUAUAACAUUUAGCUUUCUCUUUUUUUUUUUACUUGCUUAGGCCAUUAUUGAUUAAUUGUUAGAUUUUUUUUCCUUCCGUAUUUUUGAAGGGUUACAUUUUGUCUACUUUUGACUAUGCUCUGUUUAAUUUGAGAUGCUGUUCAAAUGUUAUUUUCUCCAAGGUUGAAAUUUUUGUUGUGUUAACUCCAAGGGUGAUAUUUUGUCAGGUAGAACUAGAAGAAACAAGUUUCAGUACUAAACGCUUUUUUUUUCAAAUGAGUAUUCCAAAUAUUUUAAAGACUUCUCUUGCAGGAUAAGCUUUUUAAAAAAAUAGAGGAAAAGGGUCUUUUAAAAAACAAUUUUAUGAUAUUUUUUUUGAAGAUAUUAUGUAUUGUAAUUGAUGAAAAAAGAAAAGCAAUAAAUAGAGCAGAAUUUAAGAAUUAAUUUUUUCAAAAAUAUCCUUAUUAUUUUGAACAAUAGAGAGCAUUACAGUAUAAGGUAAUAGGUUACUUUUAAACAACAGACUAUUUUUCCACUGUUUCUUUAUAGAUGUUGAUUUUGCAGAACCCAGGAUGUACUAUUUUCAAUGUUAGUUUAUUUUUGCUUGUCUGGAAAGUCAAUUUUUUUAUCAGCUUUUGUAGGAAAUUAGUUUCAAGUUAUAUUUUAAUAUUAUACAGGUUUUAAAUCAUAUUUAUAACUAAAAUAUAAAAAAAAAUGUCAAAAUUUCAAAGUCUGACAAACCAAGCCCUUAUUAUUAAAAUAUGUGUUUAGCUGAUUUCACUUUGGGUAAAGCAGUUCUAUUCUCAGACCUAAGUCGUAUAUAAAAUUUUUAAUUUCAAAUAGAGAUUCUUUACUAUUUCUUUUGUGCCAUUUACAAAAUUAUGCAAUUUUCGCAUUCAUUUAUUUUAUUUAAAAUGCUUGCAGAAUAUCUCCUGGGAAUCAAAUUAUUACCAUAAAUGGGUAAACACUGUCUUGAUCACAUUAGUUUAAGAUAAAACUAAAGGGAAUGCCCCUAGAAUGACAUUUUUUUAAAACAUGAGCAAUUCUUAAUGUUUCAGUAAUUAAAAAUAAAUAAGGUAGUUCUACAUGUUUGAUUAAAUGGACGUGACAGCUUAAUGUAGUUUAUCAGGAAAACCUAGAAUAAUGCCUGGUAGCCAUCAUAUGGGUAUCAUAAAUUUUGCUGGGAAUCUGUUUUAUUUCGAGUAUUUAGUGGGAAACAGUUUCAUAAAAUUCUACAUUGUAUACCAAAAUAAAUGUUCCAAACUUGCAGAACUACCUUCAUGUUAACCACACAGCGAAAAUUGAUAUGAAA